AUGCUGGCUAGCCUGCAGAAGGCUCUCAUGGGCAAUGGCCCUGGUCUGCAGAAUGCCAUCAUGAUGACGAUGGCCGGUGGCUCCAAGAUGAAAAAACCUGCUGCCCGCGAGCAGGCCUUGCCUGAGCAAGGCAACGAGAAGAAGCCUGAGCAAGGCAAUGCAGGCAACGGCGGCUUGCCUGCAGAAGGCACAGUGAAGGCUGAGCCCCAAAGCCCAGCCAAGGCUCCCCCGGUGAAGCUGGAGUUGGUGAGCCCGAAGAAAGGGGCUAGCCCGAAAAGGGCUGCCACGGCUGCCGCCAAGGCUCACCCGAAAAUCGGGCACUCCGAAGCGAAGAAGAUGAACCAGAAACUGAAGGCUUUGGCCAAAGCCGGCAAGACGGUGUAUCUGCUGGAUCCCGAAAUCUCUGAGAGGAGGGUCGCGAAGACAGACGUGCAAGCAGAGGAGGACAGAGACGACACCCAGAAGGGCUGGUUCACAGACGACGAGAUCGCCGGCUUCAAGGGGAUUUUCCCUCACUCGAGUGACUACUCUAGCCUGAAGAAGGCUUGUGUUCAGGACUUGCUCGAGAGAGAGCAUGAGGAUGAGAACUUAGCCAAGUUGGGAAUCAAGCAGUACUACUUCGAGCACUGCAAGACUUUCAGCAGCAGCUCCAAAACAAGAGAGCUUCAGCUGGAGGAGAACGUUGGGGACGUGAGCCAGGAGGAUUUUGAGGAAAUCCGCAAGAAGCUCAAGGGUGCGGCCACCCAGAAGAUGAUUAGCAAAAGCCAGUCCGGUAGGUUGCCUGGAGAAGGCAAGGACAAGGAAGCCGAGGUUCGCAUCGACCAUGAGCAGAACUACAAGGACCAGCGAAAGAAGCUCACUGGCCAGCUCACCCAAGUGAGCACAGAACUGGCAACUGUGGAGCUGCUCAAGGUCUCGCUUGACCACAAGAAGCACAAGAUGGCAACCGUGGUGCUGGAGCAGGUGGCAGAGUUGGAGGGGAAGCUCUAUUCACUCUAUUCCUGCAAAAAGGAAGUGAUGGACAGCCAGCACAAGUUCCCCAAGCAGCCCGAAAAGGAUCACGAAGAGUUGGCCAGCAAGCUGGCGGAAGUCGUGGCAAGCAUCUCUGAGAAGUUGAAGCCUCUGAAGAGGGAGCUCUCAUCGCACAAGAAGUGGGAUGAAGAGAAUGCCUGA